GGGGGGGGGGGGGGGGGUGCAGGUCUGUGACUAUUGAGAGCAAAGUCCCUUCUGUUGAACUCUAAUAUAUAAAGGCAGAAUUUUGUCUUGACCGUGAGUCUUGCAGCAGGAGCAGCAACGCUCAUCACACUACAGCGAGAUGUUGAACAUCAGCGAGCUGCCCCUGCAGCUCCUGCCCUCCGGGGCAUCAGACCGUCUCCUGCAGCCUUUCUGGGAUUAUUUGCUUUUUCACCACCUGCCUCUCAUUUCCUCUCCGUUUUUCCCAGUCCUGCUCGCUUUUUCCAGUUUCUUCUUCAGUGUACCGUUCGCCGUCGUGGAUCUCUUAGGAGAGAAGAUGCCUGUAAUGCAUCAGUACAAGAUCCAACCAGACAAACAGCCAACACUGACCAUGAUGGCUACAAGCUUACUCAUUGCUCUGUAUAACCACAUCUUCUUUGUUCUCCCAGCUGUAAUGAUCUCCAUGUUCAUACUGCCUGCACCAACACUGCCACAUGAGGCUCCUACUCUGUAUGAGGUAUUCGUCAGCGGACUGGCUUUACUUCUCCUCUUUGACACACAGUACUACAUUUGGCAUUUCAUUCAUCACAAGCAUGCACAGCUCUACCGGUCGAUCCACGCAAUCCACCACGAGUACAUGGCGCCUUUCUCGUGGUCGACUGAGCAGCUCAGCGUCCCAGAGCUGAUGACCGUGGGACUCUGGAGCAACCAGAACCCUAUUUUUCUGAAGUGUCACCCGCUGACCACAUGGUGUGUCACGGUUUUCAGUAUUUGGAUGUCUGUGGAGGACCACAUAGGCUACGACCUGCCGUGGACCCUCAACCGCCUGGUGCCUUUCGGUUUGCUGGGUGGUGCACCGGCCCAUGACAUGCACCACCAGAAGCCGAGCAGCAACUACGCUCCGUUCUUCAGUCACUGGGACAUAAUCUUUGGCACCAGCGUUCCUCUGAAGAAAAAGAAAAAAACUCCUAAGAAGAUGGUAACAACUAAAAGCAAUUCUUUGUAGCUUAUUGUCACAAGUAUUUCUCUUUGUGGAAUCAAGUUCUUUAUCUACUAUGGUCUCUUAUUUUGUAAAACUCUCCGUCUCCUUGCUGCUCCUCCUGGUUUAUUUUGUGACACAGAUUUCUCGGUGGUCUCACAUACAAUGAGAAAAGUUAAUAUUUUAUGGUUAAUGAUUCAACAAAGUGAUUGUUUGUUGAGAUUCUGACACUAUUGUCUCCACCUGUGUUCUAUGUGAAUAUCAGUUAUGUAAGAGUUGACACACCUUCAUUCAUUAUUCUCCAUGCACGUUAUUUUUGCUCAGUCUUUCCAGUCAUUCAAGUGAAUUAACCAACAGUAAUUAGACUGAAACUAAGUAUACAGUUGCGUUAAUGACUUCCUACUCUAGCUUUUCUCACAGUCCUCUUACAUAAUACCUAAUACUUUUGUAUUUUCUCUACUCAGCAUUAUUUUCCUUUCACAUUCCACGAGAACACUAAGGAGCUUUUGAUCAAGAAAUCCAACUCCUGUUUGUCAAGCUAGUCGCCAAGAGGUUAACACAACAUUAGUGGGAUUAAGGCUAACUCCUAUUCGGGAAUAUGUUCAGGUUUGACAGAACAAGAUGAUCUGGACAGACUUAAUUGUGGUAAUUAUGACAAACGAGAACACAGGAAAAGGGGAAGACAUCAGCACUAGAUGCCAGGAUUUCAAAAAUACACGUGGAGUUAUGGUUUCUUAAAAUCAAGAUAUUCUCAUUUUGAGUUUGAAGGUUUGUUUUUGACCUUGAAAAUAGCAGUUUUGACGACAAACAGUCAACACAAGCUUCACUUAAUAGGCAUUUCAUCUUCAUGCCAACUGAGCAGCUCCAUGUGCUGACGAAGGCCACAGGAUGUGGAUGAAAGCUUUGGACAGUUUGCCUUGUGAUGAUAAAAAAAAUAAAAUAAAAAUCUUUCUUUCGUCUUUAAUUCAUUGGGUUCAGUUUCACCUCGUGUCUAGAAAUUAAUUUGUAUCUACAAUAUAUAUGUAUUUUU